AUGGGGAUUCGUCGGGUUUUAAUGCCUUGGCAACCUUCCGCUAAGGUGGUAAGCAAUACGAUGGAGUUUGACUACUUCAAGGAAUUAAAAAAGAUGAAUGAAGAGCUGGAAGAACUGCACCAAAAAGCAAAACCGAAGUCAAAACCUCGGCAAGGAACGCUGGAUGAAAGGGUUUUUACACGAGAGUGGAAACUGCGCCCUGAGUGGGAAGCGAGAAAAGUUAAAGUUAAGACUAAGCUUGGCUGGGAGUGGAUAUUCGUGAACAAGGAAACUAGGGAGGAAAUUGAUGAAGUUGAUAUGUUCCGCCAGCGGAGAAAUCUCCAAUAG